GUGUUACCUAGCAACCGGCAAUCGAUUUGUUUACUUGUAGUAGUUUCUAGAUCGUUCGUCGUCUUUCGCGAAAUCUCUGGCGUUUGUAAGCUGGAUAUAAAUAGGGGACGAUGCCUGCUGGGUGUUAGUUUCUUAUUCAGAGUUGAAGUUGUGAGAUUGAAUAUUUUGUGACUCUUGCUGCUAUUGCGUAUUAUUUACAUUCCUUGUCUUUCUGGAGAUAAUUUGCUUCGAAUUCUAAUAAUUAAACCAUGGCUUUGCGAGCAAUUGUGCCAACUCUUUUGGGACGUGACUGGUGGAGCACCUGGGACUAUCCAGAGCGAAUUAUGGACCAAUGUUUUGGAACGUCUCUGUUAGAUGAAGAUUUGUUGUCUCCUACUUUAUACCGAGGUUUCCUGAUCCACCCACGAACACAGAACAGCAUCGCUACCUCUGGACAGUCUGAAGUGAAAAACGACGAGAAACAGUUCCAGGUUUCUCUGAAUGUGAAGCAGUUCAAACCAGAAGAGAUUGAAGUGAAAAUCGUCGAUAAUUACGUUGUCAUCCAUGGCAAACACGAAGAAAGAAAUGAAGAAGACGGUAGCUUCUCCACUCGGGAAUUUACCCGGCGUUAUAUGCUUCCUCAGAAUUGCGAAGGCGAUACUGUGACAUCUACCUUGAGCCCUGAUGGAGUUCUAUCAAUCCUUGCUCCCAAGAAAGCGAUAGAGGAACCUCCUAAACAAGAAAGGAAAGUUACUGUCAAUGUGGAUGAAUCCAAGUAAAGUCUUGUUGUACACUCGAACUUUCAUUUCCAUUGAACUUUUUCUUUUGAACUGUAACUGAUGAUCAGUGAUUAAUAGUUAGAACUGAAUUCUUUUUUUAAAUAUGUAGUAAUUCUAGUUCUGAACUGUGUUAAAUUCUUCAAGUUGAAGUUCUUCCAUUGAUAUGUUCAUUCAUUUUGUAAAUCUCGGCUUUAUAUUGUAUUUGUUAUUCAUCAUUUUUGUAUUUCAUGAUGUAAAUUUGUAAUAAAGAUAGUCUGUAUUUAA